AAAACAAGGCAUGUCUCGUAGUGAGAAGGAAUUCCACCAAUCCAAGAUUCCCACAAAUCAAUUCAUGUCCUAAGACUGUCCUAUAAGUGCAUCAUUCCCCUCCUCAAUCUAAAACGCCAACGGCUUCAAAGCAAAUUAAACACACCUUCCAUUUUCUUCUUCCAGCUACUCUCUACUCUAUCUUUCUCCAAUUAAUUCCAUAAUCCGAGAAGAUUCCACUUUCAUGGCUUUCACCUUCUCGCCUUCAAUCAGAAACUCCAUUUCAUGGCCAACUAUGCUUGUUCCUGACAUGCCUGAUAUCAAUAUCUCACUUCGAAAUAAAGGCAUCUACAAAGGGAAACGCAAUAUUAAUCUGCGAGACUUGACCAAGGCAAAUGUUGCAAGUCCAUCAUUACCUUUGAUUGCCCCACCAACACCCGAGGAACGCCCAGGAAUCACCCAUGACUGCCACCACCACCACCAUGUUGCAUGGACUAGUAUCCCGCAAGAGAGAUGGGAAGGAGAGUUACAAGUUCAAGGGCAAAUACCAUUAUGGCUGGAAGGAACGUACCUAAGGAAUGGUCCGGGCAUGUGGCACAUAGGGGACUACAACUUCCGGCACCUCUUCGACGGUUACGCCACCCUGGUGAGGCUCGGUUUCCGGAACGGCCGGCUAGUCGCGGGGCACCGGCAAAUCGAGUCGGAGGCGUACCGGGCGGCGAAGAAGAACAAGAAGAUAUGUUACAGGGAGUUCUCCGAGGUGCCUAAGGCUGCGAAUUUCCUGGCCUACGUGGGGGAGCUGGCGAGCCUGUUCUCUGGCGCUUCCCUGACCGACAACGCGAACACCGGCGUGGUGAAACUCGGCGACGGCAGGGUGGUGUGCCUUACGGAGACUCAGAAAGGGUCCAUAGUGAUAGACCCUGAGACGUUGGAGACAGUGGGGAAGUUUGAGUACAGUGACUCGUUGGGGGGUCUUAUUCACUCCGCACAUCCCAUUGUGACGGAUGAAGAGUUUUUGACGUUGUUGCCUGAUUUGGUGAGAGCAGGGUACCUUGUUGUUAGGAUGGAGCCUGGUACCAAUGAGAGGAGGGUCAUUGGAAGGGUCAAUUGUAGGGGUGGGCCUGCACCUGGUUGGGUUCAUUCUUUUCCUGUUACUCAACAUUAUGUUGUUGUGCCUGAAAUGCCGUUGAGGUACUGUGCUCAGAAUUUGCUCAAAGCUGAACCUACUCCUUUGUACAAGUUUGAGUGGCACCCUGAAUCCAGAGCUUUUAUGCAUGUAAUGUGCAAGACUAGUGGGAAAAUUGUGGCAAGUGUGGAAGUGCCUCUGUUUGUUACUUUCCAUUUCAUAAAUGCGUACGAGGAGCAAGAUGAAGAUGGGAGGGUGACGGCCAUUAUUGCUGACUGUUGUGAGCACAAUUCAGAUACUACCAUUCUUGAUAGGCUUAGGUUGCAGAACCUUCGUUCGUUUAAUGGUGAAGAUGUUCUACCUGAUGCUAGGGUUGGGCGGUUUAGAAUACCACUGGAUGGAAGUCCAUAUGGAACAUUAGAUGCAGCAUUGGAGCCGAAUGAACAUGGGAGAGGCAUGGACAUGUGCAGCAUAAACCCUAAUUAUUUAGGGAAGAAAUACAGAUAUGCAUAUGCUUGCGGAGCACAAAGACCUUGUAACUUUCCCAACACCCUCACCAAGCUUGAUUUUGAAUUAAAGAAGGCUAAGAACUGGCAUGAAGAAGGUGCAGUGCCCUCAGAACCCUUCUUUGUGGCACGACCAGGAGCAACAGAGGAAGAUGAUGGCGUAGUCAUCUCCAUUGUCAGUGAGAAAAAUGGAGAAGGAUUUGCGUUGGUGUUAGAUGGUUCCACUUUUGAAGAGAUUGCUAGGGCCAAAUUCCCCUAUGGACUUCCAUAUGGGUUGCAUGGAUGCUGGGUUCCAAAAGAGUAACGUACUCUAUCAAUGAAGAUUGUGUUGUCAUACGAAAUCUGCUUAGAGAAACGACGCAACACUGCUUCGAAGCACUACACCUAUACAAUAAACUCUAUUUUUUUUCUUUAUUCUAGUGCAAUAUACUUAUUAUGCAACUAUACUAAGGAUUCAAGAGAUAGUGAUACAUGAUGUAUGUAUUGUAUGUGUAUGAUAAAGUAGCAAUUAUAAAUGGAAUUCGUCGUCUUACCCUCCGCA